AUCCCUGGUAAUACUGCGCAUGCGUGAACGAGCUCCGCGUAGGCAGCCCCACCCCAAAAAACAAAACACCCACCACUGGAGACUGUCAUCGAGAGGAACAUGGAGCUGCUUCUGCGUACUGUCCUCCUUCCUCUCUCUCUGCUGCUGGUUCCUAGGGCCGCCGUCAGAGCUCAGACGGAAUGCGAUCCUUUCUGCACGUGCAUCGCUGGACUGGCAGACUGCUCUGCACGCCAGGCAUUCGACUUUCGCUUCACAAAUAUUCCCGUCGUUCCUCCCACCACUACCACACUUGUCUUGACCAACAACGAAAUUGCUGAUCUGCCGUCCGGAGCGUUUUCCCACCUGCCAGCUCUGGAGGACCUGCAGCUAGACAACAAUCAACUGUCAUCCCUCUCUCCCCAAUACUUUGACAGUUUACCCAACCUAAGAAGACUAGUUUUGGACAGGAAUCCACUGCGGGAACUAAGCAUCGAGGCCGUGUUUUCCAACCUCACCUCUCUACAAGAGCUAUCAAUUCAGAGAACUCCACUUAGUCAGUUGAAUGGCUCGGUCUUUACGGGACUCUCUGCACUUACCAACCUACUGCUGGAUGAAAACGAGCUAGUUUCUCUGUCUACAAGCUUCCUGGAGCACACUCCAGCCCUCACACUCCUAUCGCUGACAGAAAAUGCUCUGGAUUCUCUACCAGAUGGAUUUCUAGACGGAGCACCUGUAGCUAUCCUCCAACUAGAGCUCCAGAAUAAUCCUUGGUCUUGUGACUGCCGUCUACAGUGGCUAGCCGACUCCGUGGCGGCGAACCCUGAACUCAUUCCAACAGACGAGACCCAAUGCCAAUGGCCACCUUUACUGGAAAACACUCCUCUUAGAGCCCUAGUCUCUUCUGACUAUCAAUGCUAUGCCCCUUCAAUUAUCCAACACCCUCAAAACGACAGCAUUCUAACCGAUGCUCCGUAUACACUGGAGGUUAUCGUGGAUGGAGCUCCAUUCCCAGAGGUAGCUUGGAAAAGAAAUGGAAACACCAUCGAAUACACAGAGAGAGUGUUUGUGUCUGGAUACGAUGCUUCGCUAAUGUUUACUACUGUUACUAAUGACGACGGCGGUGUGUACAGUGUUUCAUUAACCAAUAACGAAGGGAGUAUAGAGUCAAUGAGCAUUGGUCUCACUGUCACUGAGGCUACUUGUGUGGAUGGAGAACUGACAGAGUCACAUGAGACAGAUGUUGACUGUGGAGGCCAGUACUGCAUGCCUUGCUCCACUGAAAUGAGCUGUCAAGUUGAUAGAGACUGUGCUGGAGAUUUGGUCUGUCUUUACGCACAUCAGCUGCCUUCGGGGCUGUUGUACAUGUCACCAAGUGAUCCCGAGGCCCACACAUGUGCCAAUAACACAGUUCCUCAAACAAGACUAGAGUCUCUGUUUUCUGCCAUCUCGUCAGACCUCUUCCUUUCUCUCUCUGGCAAUAGCUCCAUGCAGGAGAUAGAAGGAUCAUUUCAUUCCUUUAUCACAGAGGCUCUCUCAGUCCCCAGUGAAUCCCUGCAAGGUGUAAGUGUGAGCACAGUGGAGAGACACAUUUCUCCCCUACUUCAGUUUGAGGCUCAAGUGGUGCAGAAUUGUGAGAAAGCAGUGGGCAAUCUAAACGGCCAUGUAAACAGAGGAGUUCUGAAGGCUACUGUCAAGACAACGGAGGGCCAGGGAAACAUCUGCUACAACAUUCGUCUAAACCUUUAG